CGGCUUUAUUCAGCACUUUCUAGUGCAUCUUCAUCCCAAAGCCUUUCUUCAUCAUGCCGGACUCUCCUAUAGAAGAUGUACUUUCUUUGAUGGUGACUCACAGAGGAACUCAGCAUCGACUAUCGCUUUCUCCCGAAAGCGCCGUAGCAGACAUGUCUGCUGCACUAGAAGACUUGACCUCGGUCCCUUCGAAUCUUCAGAAGCUGCUUUACAAGGGCAGUCCCAAGGGUGGAAUCCAACCCGAUAUGACACUCCGACAAGCAAAUUUCAAGGACGGCAUCAAGAUCCAGUUGGUUGGGCCAACACUAUUAGAGUUGGACGAAAUGCAAGCCAAUGAGGCACAGGCCCGUAAACGGGAACGAAUUCUAAGGGAGAGGGCUUUGAAGGCUCCCGUCAAGGUCCGAUCUACCGCUUCAUCAAGCACCUUUGAACACACGUAUCGAUUCCACAACAUCGUUCCCCUACCUCAUCUUCCCGACCCCGACUCUGCUCUGAGUUACCUGCGUCGCUUGUCGAAUGAUAAGGCGAUCCAACAUGUCAUGAAGCUGCAUUCCUUCUCCGUGGGUGUCUUGACUGAACUAGACCCCCGUGAGCGACCGGAUCUGCUCGGACUGAACAAGAAUGCUGGAGAAGAGAUCUUAUUGCGGAUCCGAACAGACGCUUACGAUGGUUUUCGCGUCUACUCACAAGUACGGCAGACCCUGUGUCAUGAGCUAGCGCAUAAUGUACAUGGGGAUCACGACGAGAAGUUCAAACGACUGAAUUCGCAAUUGAAUCGUGAAGUCGCUGCGUUUGAAAAGGCAGCGAUCGCCGGUCGGCACUCGCUCCAUUCUGGAGACAUGUACGAACCAGAUGAGCUAGAAACCAUGGCUGCAAUGACGUCCCAUGUUCUCGGUGGUGCUGGCGCUGCAGUCGCCGGAGAUUCAGCCGAGGAGAGGAGAAGCCGUCUGCUUGCUGCUACUAUGCGCCGCUUGCAGAAGGAAGAGGAAGAGUUGGAGAAUAGUUGUGGCACGGCUGGCCCUGCCCAGUUGUAGACGAUGGAGCACAUACUUGAUUGAGCAUUUGACUAGCAACAUUGGCGGCAGUACUUGUAAGCGUUAAAAGACGGGAAGCGCGUCCCGCGUAACGAGCGCAACGCCCGAUCUCGCCGGGUAUCAGCAGGUACAGCCUGCAAUGCGUGAUGCGCAGCACUUGGCACGCAUCUCCGGCGCAUUGGCCUCGGCAUUUGCUUUCCGAACCCCGCCUGAGUCAUACUAGACAGCCUGCAAGUACAACGCCGAGAAGAAUGACAGGCAAUGAUGUCUUCCGGAUCUGUACACGGUCAAACGAUCAACUGUGUUCCAGGACCAUUGGCACAGACAAUGUAAUUGUCAAGGGCCAAGCACUGGUAACCUGAUCACGUGGUAUACCGGUGGCGAGGGCCGUUGCUACACUUGGCGGUUGUCCUUCAAGUUCUUUCUUUAUUCACAGCGAUACCUUUCCCCCUCACUCUUCAUGGCCAUGCCCUACCCGGCCUACGCAGGCCGUCCGCCACCAGUCGACUCGCAGCAGUCAUUAUAUCCCCCCAAAGGCCCAUUCGAUCGCUCCAAUACCUCUUUCGCCUCCUCUUCCAACGCCCUCUCCAAGUCACCAGCUGAUGCACGGAAUAUCUCACGAACGCCCAGUCCAACGCCUAGCGAGUACAAAGCGCUCGACUCGGGCCUCUUCAACCGAGAAGAUCUGCUCAAAUGGCGCUUUUGGAUCAGGAAGGAGUGGAUCAAAUAUUAUAUCAUCGGCAUACUUGUCGGUGCCAUCACCGCCCUCAUUACCAUCUUUCACACUCAAAUCGUCCACUACCUCAUUCCAAUGACGAAUUUCCUACACCAACAAAAAUACGGUAUCCUUGUGCCGAUUGGUGUUCUCUUUGUCAUCUCCUUCCCUCCUCUCUUUGGCCACGAAAUCAUCGCCGUGUUGUGCGGUGUCGUAUGGGGUCUCUGGGUUGGUUUCGGAAUCGUUUGCGCUGGUACCUUCUUGGGCGAAGUGGGCAACUUCUACGCUUUCAAGUAUCUAUGCCGGGCGCGAGGAGAAAAGAUGGAGCGGCAACAGAUUCGAUACGCCUGUCUCGCGGAGUGUGUUCGUCGAGGUGGAUUCAGAAUAGCGCUCAUCGCGCGUUUCAGCGCCAUUCCCGGUCACUUCACCACCGCCAUCUUUGCUACAUGUGGAAUGAACAUCUUCGUUUUCUCCAUUGCUGCCGCACUGUCACUUCCGAAACAGUUCGUUACCGUCUACCUCGGUGUCGUCCUCGAACAGUCGACAACCGGUCAGAAGGAUUUGAAGAAUAAGCUCAUCAGCUACGCUGUUGUCGGCGUCACAGUUCUGGUCACGGUCCUGGCGAUGUGGUACAUCUAUCGGGAGAUGAACCUCGUCAAACCCCAGGUUAUCUAUGCGCGACGCAAAGCACGACAGGUGAAACAAGCGAAGGGCGACCUCUACGCUCAGCCGGAUCUGAAUGACAGUGAUUCAUCCGUUACGGGCUACAAUCCACGGCAGAGCCUGUCCGACAUUCCUCUCACCGCUUCCCGCCAAUUUGGCCCGAGCUCGCAGGCCCACCCCCGAUACGACUACGAGCAAGCGCAGAAGCAACAACGCUACGCCGAUUGGAUGGCUCAGCACCAGCAACCACAGACCCAUUGGGGCGGCCAGGAGGAUGCACAUCAGAGAUGGGAUGAUCGGGGCAAUGCUAUUGGCUACACACCUGGUCCUGUGCCCCAGGUUUUGUAUGCCCCUCAGCCGCAGGUGGCGUCCGCCGGGAGGACACCUAUAGAGCCCGAUGCUUACACGGAAAGCCAGGCGUAUAGCUCUGGCAUGGUCCGUGAGAGCAUGGAUGCAGUUGCGUGGGACACGCAGAUGCGAGAGAGACCGAAACACCACGAUAUGUAUCAGCCUCAACCUCAAUUUCAGCAGCACCAACCGAUCCGGUCCCCUCAUCCUCAACCCGGCGGUGGCUAUCUGUCAGAAUCCCCUGCCCCUUUGGAGCCAGAAACACCGAGAGCUCAAUAUGCCGCCUACCCGCAGCACAACUUGGGUGCUCCGCUUGGCUCGGCGCCUUUGCCGACCCCACCUUACCCACAAUCUCCCUUUGCCGAUCCGCAUCACGUCGCGCACGAGGUCGAGCCGACGGUCGACCCGCUGACCUCUGUCAUAUACCACAUCGAGAAACGACCACAUGAAGGGGGUCGUCAUACGCUCGUGAAAAGCGACACUCGCGAAGAUCUGACCCCUGCCUGGGAUGUGCGGACAACUGUGAAUGGCUACGGUGGAGCUCCAGCGAUCGUCCAUGACUCGCGCAUUUUCUUUUCAGACGCUCGGGAUGGUCGGGUUUAUAUGAUGUCAGCAGACGGGUCGUGUUCUGCCGUAACUCCUGCCAACCCCAACCACAAAUUCGCGGAUUUCGAUGUUCAUCCGCUGAUGCCCCAUCUUCUGAUCGGGAUUAUGGAGGAUGCAACCGAGAGUGAGAGACCCGCGUUGGUGGUCAACAGUCUCGUCGUGCUCGAUACGGCCGAACGGGUCGUCUAUCCGUUCAUGUCUGAUGCAUCAUUCUAUCGAUCUCCCAAGUUCUCUCCUGACGGAAAAAGAGUCGUCUGGAUCGAAUGGGAUCUCCCCGACAUGCCUUGGAAUGGAUCCGAGAUCUGGGUCGCCGAUUUUGCACGCGGUGAAACACCUCAGCCCUUUGGGUUGGCCAAUCCUCGGCAUGUCGCGGGCGAACACGGCAGAAUCGCUGUUGCUUACCCGUCAUGGGCAUCCGAAGAUGUUGUUCUCUUCACCUCCGAUAUCUCUGGAUUCGAAAAUCCAUGGGUCUACGAUUGUAACUCGAAUGAGGCGCGGCAGGUUUUCAAAACACCCAUCAGCGAAGGGUUUGCGCUGAGGGAUCCGCCAAAGCGGAAUGGGGAGUCAGCCUAUGCCGUUCUUGGAGCUCCGCAUGCAAUAUUUACUGCAGUGCGGGACGGCAGGAGUGUGUUAUACCUCGUCGAUCUUCAGAAUGGUCAAGUGCAGCUCAUUUCCAGCACUUACGUGGAAAUCUCACAGCUACGGACUGUCUCGCUCGAUCCAGCAGUCAUCACGUUUAUCGGAAUUCCGAUAGACGCUCCGUCGACUGUUGUACGAUGUACUCUAGGAAAUGAAGCGCAGGCCGAAUUUACCGACCUGAUGGUCAAUUCCCACGGUUCAGAUAUUCCCCCGGCCUUCGCCUCUCGUCCCCAUCCCAUGUCAAUCGGCGAUGGCACAUCAAAAAUCCACGCGAUAUUCUACCCGCCUACGAACCCAGAUUUUAUCGCACCCAUGAACGAAAAACCGCCCGCAAUUGUCAGCGCGCACGGUGGUCCAGUGGGGAUGGCUCCCCAGUCAUUCAAUUUGACGCGGGAGUUCUUUACCUCGCGCGGGUGGGCAUGGAUAGAUGUGAACUACGGUGGAUCAUCUGGGUAUGGGAGAGAAUACCUGGAACGACUGCACCGUGGCUGGGGCAUCGUGGAUGCUGACGACUGCAUCGCAGUUGUCAAGGCCAUCUCUUCACCGCCCUACCAGCUGAUCGACCCGCAACGCGUUGUAGUCAGAGGGGCUUCUGCUGGGGGCUUUGCGGUUCUUACCCUGCUCUCUGUUCGCGCAGCAGAAAAUGUUUUCGCUGGUGGCACUUCCUUGUACGGAGUUGUGGAUUUGCCCCAUCUGCUUGAAGGCACGCACAAGUUCGAGAGUGGAUACCUUGCGUGGCUGGUGAGCGAUGAUGAAGCCAUGCUGCAAGAAAGAUCGCCCAUCUCCCACGUGGAUAAGAUUACGGCGCCCAUAUUAAUUCUCGUCGCUAGCCUCAAGAAUCGCGGCUGCGACUUCGAGUUCAAGAUUUACGAGGGUGAAGGGCAUGGUUGGAAAAAGAAAGACACCAUUAAAGAUGCUCUAUGCAGGGAGUUGCAGUUCUAUAAUAGAAUUAUCGGCAUUCAGGCGUAGAUUCAACCAUUGGUGGCUAAUUCUGCUCCAUCACUGGCCAAACAGCGACACAUUUCCUCGCCGCAUCCAACUCUUCUCGCUUCCUUCUCUCCUUUCCGACAUGAGGUCCAACAGUGCAGCGUUAAUCAGAAAAUUUCUAAGUCAAGAGUAUUUGGAUUGCUCUUUCGAAGUCUCUCUGACGUCAUGCAAACCAUUCUCAUGCGACUCUUUCGGUUCUCGCCGUCUCCAUCAGAAGCGAUCAGUGCUAGUUUCACGUCCCAUUCGACGCCAAUUUUUUCGACGCCAAAUGAAGUCCGAACCUUUGGACGACGACUAUCUCUUUGCUGGCAACAUGAUCUCGCAUCCGUCUGUCUCACUAGUCCAACUAUCCACCCCGCCCAACCUCGCUUUCCACCGCAACUCUGAGAACUCAUUAAUAUCUCAAGUCGAAGCAGUCAUUAUGAGCCACAAGCUAAAGCCCUGGAUCCAAGAAACCGGUGUUUGCGUCCGAUUGCCCAAGAUUCCGGACUGUGAUAUACUCGAAACAAUCAAAUUAGGCGAAUGCCUCGUCAACGCUCUGGUCACCUCCAAACUGCUCAAGUCAAACAAAGAUCUUCCUAUUGCUGCUUACAUCUCUAUCCUCAAACCAAGAAUCCUUGCGCCGUCAUCCUUGGCUCGCAUCAUGCGCUGUUCAGACAUUCCCAUUCCGCAUCUUUCAGACGUCGACGCGUCGUGCUUGUUUGGCUACAUCAUGGGAGCCGUUCACGCUUAUUCCGGGCCAGAUCGGUUCAAAGAAUGCUUCGAUGCUAUCUUCGACGACGUGCUGGAACUGACGGAGACAGCAUUCAUGCUAUCUUAUUCGGAUGGUCUGAUUAGUGAACUUUCGCCGCCGUGUUUGUUCUGACCCCGCGAUAUGUU